AUGACCACACCUACUAAUGAUCAGACUCUCAAGACCCCGACGGGGUCGAACGGUCCUCCACCACUGCGCAUUCGCCGGCCAAAAGUGGCUGAUCCUCUAGUGCGACCGAAGAGGAGACCGGCAAUGAGACCCCCAGCUCCAACGUCGGCAGCAAAUGGCGCAUCAAGAAUGUCCAACUCCAGACCAGUCACUUCGGGCCAGCUACCAGGGGCUCGCGCUGAGAAAAGCUUGACCCCAAAGAAUGAUUUCUCGGCAAACGGUUUCAGCGGCCCGUUGUUGUCUGAGAAUUACGUUGAUUACCCCAUCGUGACUACAAGACGAGCAUUGCGCGAAGGCUUGAAGCACCAUAUCGCCAGGUUCACCUCGAAAAAGUCCGUCGAUCCUCGCGACGAAAGUCAGUUUACUCGCCCCGUUAGACUCCAGCGCCGAGAUCCACGAGCACGGCCGAACGACGCGAACGUCGAGAGAGGCCAACUCAAUUCGAAACCCGGCUCCGAACAAAGUACCCAGAUGGAUGAACUUGAACGCGAGGAAUUGGAGGCUAGAAAAGCAGCUCGCGAAAAAGAGCGCGCAGAUAAUAUGGCCCAAAUAGCCCCUUCCGUCGGCUCAGCGCCGAAAAGGCAUAAUGCCCCCAAACAGAAAACCCAGCAAGUGACUAAAACAGACAUGACCCCCGAGGAGAUUGCCAGGACUCGGAUCAAGUAUGAGGAGGCCCUUCCGUGGCACUUGGAGGAUUUCGACAACAAAAACAUCUGGGUAGGAAAUUAUGAAGCCGCGUUGUCAGAGACCCACGCAGUCUUUGUGCUUGAGAAUACAGGGAAGAUGAGAAUGAUACCGGUUGAGAAGUGGUAUCGCUUCAGCGCGAAGAAUACAUUCAAGGCUUUGACCAUAGAAGAAGCCGAGAGACUGAUGGCUAAGAAGAUCAAAGAUCCGCGGUGGUUCAUGGAGAAACAACAAGAACAAGCUCAACGGAAGGAACUGGAACAAUUUGCCAGACAACAAAAGGUGUACGCUGGUAAACAGGGAACCCCAGGCGGUGUCGAAGGAUUAGAAGCGGAUGAGAUGGACUUCGAAGAGGAUAGAUUUGCCGAUGAUGAGGAGCAUGAUGAUCUUUUCAACGAGGAUGAGGAAGCCAAGGCUGCUGAAAAGCGAAUCAAGCAAGACCAAUUGAAAGCCAAUGUGUUUGAUCUGAAGAACGAAAAGGACUAUGAAGAGGAGGAACUUAGAGAGAAAAGAGAAAAGGAAGCCCGUCGAGUGCUUGGAAAGAAAGUACGCAAGGCCCUCCAGAAAAGGGAAAAGAACUAUGAUUAUAGUAGCGGUUCAGAUGUGAACCCUUAUUCAGAUGAGGAGAGCUCGGACGACAGUGAAGCCGAACGACAGAAGGAGGAGGAAGAGGGCAAAGCCGAGGAGGACAAGAACAAGAAAGAGCCCUCAAAAGGCAACCUUACUCCAUCAGGUCGCUCACGACAUGCCGAUCCGACCAAGAAAGGCUCUGCCGCAGCACCUAGAAAGCGACUAGGGUCUCCUUCUGAUGCAAGUGGUACAGAUACGUCCCGCAAGAAGGGGAAGAGCAAACAUCCGUCUUCCCAGCCGACACCUCAGCCACCAUCUCGUCCUAUGUCUCCAAGCGCGUCAUCAUUACCGGUCAGCAAAAAGCGUGUUCGGAAUGUGUUAGCAGGCGGCGCGGGAUCUGCUAGCGAUGUUGACGGCGGGGCUGGAUCGGGAGGCGAAAUGAGUGAGAGUGGAAAGGUUAAAAAACUAAAGCUCAAUCCUCCGUCAGUGGCAUCACAGAGUGUGACACCGCAGGGCUCAAGGGCCGGCAGUCCGGCUCCCUUGGGCAGCAAGAGCUUCUCUGGCAGUCGUGCUAGCAGUCCGGAAUCUUUGAGGGGUCCAACACGCAUUUCAACCCCGGGUCCAUCUGGUAGUGCCCAGGGCUUCCCAACACCCGCAGAAAUCCAUGCUGCUAUUCCGCAGUCUGGUAUUGGAAGUAGUGAUCUGCUUAGAAUCUUCCGUCCUCGUAUUGGGGAAUCCAAAGAGAACCACCGGCGUUUCAUAGCAAUUGUCAAAGAUGUUGGAGUGUACGGGAAAGAAGAUAGGCUCCUACGACCUGGUUCACUGAAAGAGACAUAA